AAGUUUUCCUAACGAAGUUUAAGUUACGAUGUUGACAUCUGAUUUUUUAUUCAUAUUUCUUACCUGAAUUGUUAUUUGAGUUAAGGAAUAUUUUUAAAGUCUUUGGAUUUAAAUCGUCAUCUUGUAGAAGUUUUCUUAUUUCAUUAUAUCUUUCUCGCAAUUAUUAUUAAUUAAUCAUUUCAUGUUUAAAAGAUGGCGUUUCUGACAUCUUGCUACAAACUCACCCGAUGGUCAUCGUUACUACGAUGUUCUUUUCUUUCAUAUUCAAAUGAAGCUGCACCAAGCGCGGUUCCAUACAAAUCCUUGAAAAGCAAAGAUGUUACUUCCCCUGUUUCAGUUCCGUCAUCUGCUGAUGUGGUUAUAAUUGGUGGUGGCAUUAUUGGUUGCAGUACUCUUUAUCAUUUGACUAAAUUAAGCUGCACAAAUGUUGUUCUGUUAGAAAAGGAUCAAUUGACUGCGGGCACGACAUGGCAUACUGCAGGAUUGAUUUGGAGGCUUAGACCGAAUGACACAGAUAUUCAAAUUCUCAAUCACACAAGGCAUUUACUAAAUGAUGUUUUGGAAAAAGAGACUGGUGUGCAUCCUGGGUGGAUUAACAAUGGAGGACUUUUUAUUGCAAAUUCAAAAGAUAGAUUAAUGGAAUACAAGCGACUGAUGACGAUUGGAAAAGCUUUUGGAAUUGAGUCACAUAUAUUAUCUCCUUCUGAAACCAAAAAGCUAUACCCGUUGCUGAAUGUUGAUGAUUUGUAUGGAACUUUGUAUAGUCCUGGAGAUGGUUGUGUGGAUCCAGCUGGAUUUUGUGUGUCUCUAGUACGAGGAGCAACUAAAGCUGGUGCAAAAGUCAUUGAAAAGUGUGCUGUAACAGGCAUUGACCUUGUUGAAAAUGAUUUUGGAGUGAGAAAAGUAAAUGCUGUGAACACAUCAUCUGGUGCCAUCAAAACAAACUGCCUAAUUAAUUGCACUGGUGUAUGGGCUCCAUAUAUUGGAGAAAUGGCUGGUGUGAAAGUUCCUUUGAUAGCUAUGAAACAUGCAUAUGUUGUAACAAAUAAAAUUGAAGGAAUUCAAAACAUGCCUAACACCAGAGAUCAUGACUUGUCAAUAUAUUUAAGACUGCAGGGAGAUGCACUUUCUGUCGGAGGAUAUGAAUCAAAUCCUAUUUUUUGGGAAAAAGUAGAUAAAGAUUUUGCUUUUGGGCUCUUUGAACUGGAUUAUGAUGUAUUUGGAACUCAUCUGGAAAAAUCUAUGCAUAGGCUUCCUGCAUUAGAGCAUACCGGAAUUAAAUCAACUGUGUGUGGACCUGAAUCUUUUACACCUGACCAUAAGCCUCUAUUAGGAGAAGAUCCUGUAAUUAGAGGCUUUUUUCAUGGCUGUGGCUUCAACAGUUUAGGAAUGAAUGGUGGAGGUGGUUGCGGACGUGAACUUGCCAGAUGGGUUGUUCAUGGACGACCUGAAUUGGAUAUGUAUGGUUAUGAUAUCAGACGUUUCCAUGAAAACAUGACUGACAACAAAAAGUGGAUAAAAGAACGUAGCCAUGAAUCAUAUGUCAAAAACUACUCUAUUGUUUUUCCUCAUGAUGAACCUCUGGCAUCCAGGAACAUGAGAAAAGAUGCAUUUCAUGAAGUAUUAUUGAAUGCUGGAUGUGUUUACCAAGAAAGGCUGGGUUUUGAGCGUCCAGGUUGGUUUUCUCCAGAUGGACCAGCUCCAGUUUUAGAGUAUGAUUUCUAUGGGAGUUAUGAAAAUAAAGAACAUGAGAACUAUGCUUAUUCAAAACGACUGCGUGAAGAUUACACAUUUGAAUUUCCUUAUCAUCAUGACAUAAUUGGGCAUGAAUGUUUAGGAUGCCGUCAAAACGCUGCUGUAUUUAAUAUGUCUUACUUUGGAAAAUAUUUCCUUACUGGGCCUGAUUCCCAAAAGGCUGUAAAUUGGAUAUUUUCUAACGAUGUUGAAAAACCUCCUGGUUCUACAACGUAUACAUGCAUGUUAAACAAGCGUGGGGGAGUUGAAGCUGAUCUUACAGUGAGCUCUAUUUUACCUGGUGAAAAUUCUGCUUGUGAUCCAUUUUUUGAAGGUAAUGGAUUUUAUCUUGCUGCUGGUGGUGGUGCUGCCCAACAGAACCUUUCUCACCUUCGUAAAGUUAUUCAAGAUGAAUCUUUUAAUGUAUCGAUUUCUGAUAAAACUGAAAAUUUAGGUUUGCUAAGUAUUCAAGGACCUAAAAGUCGAAAUGUAUUGCAAUCACUAACUGAUACGGAUCUUAGUGAUGAAAAUUUCCCCUUUUCCACAAACAAGAUUAUUAGUUUUGCUGGUCAUAAAGUUUUAGCCAUUAGGUUGUCAUUUGUUGGUGAAUUAGGAUGGGAACUUCAUAUUCCAUAUGAAAGUUGUUUACCUGUUUAUAAUGCUUUAAUGGAUAAAGGGAAAGAAUAUGGUCUUAUAAAUGCUGGCUACAGAGCGAUUGAUUCAUUGAGUAUAGAAAAAGGCUAUAGGCACUGGCAUGCAGAUCUUCGUCUGGACGACACUCCACUCGAAGCCGCAUUGGGAUUCACCUGCAAAUUGAAAUCGCAGACGCCUUUCCUAGGAAGAUCUGCCCUCGAGAGGCAGAAAAAACAAGGGUUGAAGAAGAGGAUUGCCUGUUUCACCAUCGACGAACAUGCUCCACUAUGGGGUUUGGAAGCCAUCUGGCGCAAUGACCGCGUCGUCGGCUUUAUUAGGCGCGCUGAGUAUGGCUUUGCGAUUGGCAAGAGCAUCGCCUACGGCUACGUCACAGACCCGGAUUCCGAAGUAGUCAGUCCGGACUAUCUCCGAUCCGGCAACUACAAGUUGGAGUGCAUGGGCGUCCAGUAUCCUGCCACAUACCACAGCAAAUCGCCUUUCGAUCCCAAGAAUCUAAGAGUCAAAGGAGAUUACCGGGAACCAUUGCCGAUUGAUGUGAAAUAAUACAAGGUGCUAUGAAGAGAAGAAUAUUUUUGAUAUGAAUGUAUUUUUAUAAUAAAAAAUUGCUUAAUU